GAGCCACAGCCGCUACCGAUAGAGAAGGUAUGGCAAACAAUAAAUUAGGAGAACAGUCCACCAAAAACCAAGAUUCUGGACGGCCUGUAGAUAGCCCGGACAUAUCUGCGAAGGAUAUAUUUCAGAGCAUCAAGGGUCUGAAUCUUAACAGCUAUGCAACGCGAAAAUCGAUUGCACAAGGCAUGCUUGACCUUGCGCUACUCACCGCCAAUGCUUCACAAUUGAAGUACAUUUUGACCGUGGGAGAGGCACAUCAAUUUUACCACUUUCUACUCGUCCUAAUCAUUGUAUCGAUUUCACUUCAGAUAUUUCAAGCCCUGCUGAUUAUCGUUCUGGCCGUUGUUUUCGACAUUAAUAAGGUGGAAGAACAAAAGCGUUCGGAUAUUGUUAACAAUGUAUUGAUUGCAUUCACAGUGAUCAGCGUAGUAGUCAACGUGAUAAUAAGUGCCUUCGAUAUGAAAUCUCAAUCGGAUGUUUUAAAGCAAAGUUAAGUUAUGUAAAUCUAUUUCUACACAUUUAAUCCCUUACCCUGUCAAAAUAGAACAAUUAUUUUUAAAAACUUACGAUGUGUAAUGUACUGAUUGUAACAUGGAUUGGCAGACGACGACCGUCGA